GUUUCUUCAAAAAUAAAUAUAUAAAAAAAAAUUAUCGUUGAAAAUUGUUCGGAUAUGAUCUAAAUACCUUUCUACCCUUUCUCGUUUCCUCUGCCUUUUCCUUUUUCCCUCCUCCCUCCUAAUAGUUUCAUUCAUCUUCCUCCGACGGUCCAUUUCCGCCGUCUUCGGACUCCACACCAAUCAGACUCUGCCUUUAAUCAUCUGCCAUGAGACUCACCCCACGCAAUCCUUUCUUCUCCAUUCUCAGAUCUACUUUCUCCUCCGCCUCUAUUCGCCCCAUUUCCACCGCCGCCCCGGAACCAUCCAAACCCUUAAACCCUUCGCCCCCGAUUCCUCAAGCCAACCCGUAUGCUAAACCCGAUCCAUACCCUCGAAUCCGAACUAAAACCCCCCUAGAAAGAGAAUUCGAAACAUGGAUUCACAAACUCAAGCCCGGGUUUACCCCACCCGACGUUCGGGAGGCCCUCACUGCCCAGUCCGACCCGGACCUUGCUCUUGACAUUUUCCGUUGGACUGCUCAGCAACGUGGCUACAAGCACGACCACCUUAAUUACCUAUGCAUGAUUGAAAUCUCCGUCACCCGGAAGCGUUACCGAGUUGCCGAAACUUUGAUCGAGGAAGUCCUCGCCGGCGCCUGCCCGCCUAGCCUUGCUCUGUACAAUUCCAUGAUCAAGUUCUGCUGUGACCGUAAGUAUUUAUUUAAGCGGGCAUUCGAUAUUUAUAAGAAAAUGUUGAAAUUUGAUGAUGUUAGUUUAAGGCCCUCGUUGGAAACUUAUACGAUGCUGUUGAUUUCGUUACUUCGUAAGUUCGAUAAAGCGCCUGUGUGCUAUGUGUAUAUGCAUUCCGUUAGAUCGCUGGCGAAGCAAAUGAAGGCUUCCGGGGUGAUACCCGAUACGCUUGUAUUGAACUUGAUUUUGAAAGCCUAUUCAAAGUGUCUAGAGGUGGAUGAAGCCAUUCGGAUAUUUAGGGAAAUGGGGCUUUAUGGUUGUGAGCCCAAUGCAUAUACAUACAGUUAUCUAGUAAAGGGAUUGUGUGAGAAAGUGAGGGUGAAUCAGGGAUUGGAAUUCUUUAAGGAAAUGAGGAGGAAGAAUCUGGUGCCAAAAGCGGGUACUUAUGUGAUUCUAAUCUGCAGCCUUGCCAUGGAGAGGAGAUUUGAUGAUGCCAUCCAGAUUGUGUUUGACAUGUUGGGUAAUACUAUGUUUCCUGAUUUUUUGACUUAUAAAUGUCUCCUGGAGGAGUUGUGUAGGGAUGGAAGAGGUGAUGAUGCUUCUGAGCUUCUUGAACGACUGAGGAAGAAGGAUCACAGGAUGAAUGAGAAAAUCUACUGUGCACUGUUGAAUGUGUUGCAUGAUCUAAAUUAAGAGUAGAUCUUUCCGCUGUUUGAUUUGUAUGACAUCGAGAGAUGCCGAAGAUUAUGGCUAUUUGCUCUUUUGAAGUCUUUCUGAAACCAGGUGUCGUUUUUGCCUACUAAUGUUAACGGAAAUGGAUAACUUGGGAACUGUAUAAUCCAGAAGGAUGUUGCUUGCUGUGGCAGCUGGCCGAUUAAUCUGUGAUGAUGCUGGACUGUAUAGAGGUGGUUCUGUUGUCAAACUAGCCUUGUGGAGUGUGUCUUAUGGUUUCCAAUUUCCACCCAAUCUAGAAGCUGGUCUACAAAAGCAUAAUCUUGGAUUUGGACUACAAAUUUGUUUAAAGCUUCGAUGUGGCAAAAGAACCCCAUAGUUGUGAACUUGGGUCCCAUAUUGCAACAGAUCAGAUUGUUAUUUUGCAGGAAAUUGAGAGUUAAAAUGCAACUAGCAGCAGAUUGAGAAUGGAGAAAUGGGAGUUUUUAUAUGCUGACCACAUACAGCACUAGAGUUUUCAUUGGUUUCCCUUGGAUUACUAUUGUCUCUGAUUAGGUAGACAUAGGACAUUCCCUCUUGUCUGAAGCAUUUGCUCAUGAGGAUGAUGCUGGAGUGUUAUAGACGAUGUAAUUAUUUUACAGUUGGGCGUUUACCCCUUAAUAAGAAAGUAUAAUGCAAUGUCUUCUUCAAUUGAGUGAAGAAAAAAGAAAUUUCUAUAUGCUCCAACAUACAAUUUGUAUUGGUGGAGCAACCAUUGGUUUGAUACUAAUGCAUGUCUUAGCAGUUUGAAGGUGAAUACUAAUUCAUUGCAG